AUGGCCUCUCUUUUGCCCUUUUUUGGCUGGGCUGUUCUACCUAACUAUGCCACGUCUUUCCUUCAAAGUGUCUAUUAUGGUAUGACAAUUCGUGCGGGCGAUCCUCGGCCAGCACCUCAGUCCGAGAAGUUUCAGCGUCAUCGUCGCCGUAUCUUCAUUUUCGUGAUCACGAGCUAUCUCCUAUACACGCUCUAUGAGACAUUCUACCAAGUUCAGCUGGCGGGUGACUACUACCAAGCUUUGAGCAUCUCACCAUUCGCCGAUGAACGAGCAAUCAAAUCGCGCUUCCGCAGACUCGCUGCUCAAUAUCAUCCUGAUAAAGUUGGAACCGACAGCGGCGCCGAGGCCUACUUCUUGUACCUUCGAAGAGCCCAGGAAACACUAGCCGACCCUGUGAAGCGGUUCGCGUACGACAGAUUUGGAACCGACAUUCUCACAUGGGGCGAUAAAAAGACUAUGCGCGACUAUUUGAUGACCUCGUUGACGAAGAUGGCGCCGCAAUAUAUUGGCGGCUUUAUCACAAUGAUGGUACUGAACUGGCUAUGGUGGGCGAAUUGGGGUCGAUACUGGCGAUUCUUCACGUUUGGUGCAUUGCUCACCCUUGAGCUGGGCUUAAUCACACAUCCCCAGGCAGUGUUCAUGCCAUUGUCCUACCUUCCCCUUACACUUCAAGCCUAUCUCCCAAAACACUCAUUCUACCUCCUACCAUUCCAAAUUCUGACACUCGCACGCCGGGCCUCGAUCAUGCUCCAUAUCUUCAUUUCUCAGGCGGCCCCGCCCUCCACCAAAGCACCGACGAGUGGGAACGGGGAUAAGAUUUCCCCGCAGACCAUGCAACGAAUUGGUCAAGUGGUACAGCUGAGCCGUGCAGCAGAUAGCGAGGCAACGCGCCUAAUGCAGAUGGGGCUUGCGCCUUUCCGAGGUGAUCGUGAGAGUGUAUCAACACUUCGGCGGGGCAUGAAAGAAGGUCUGAUUCUCGGCGGAGUGCGGUCUAGUCCUGGGGUGCAACAGGCCGUGGCCGAGGUCAUGGAACGCCGCAAGGCUGAAAAUAAGCAGGAUUAA